CAAACACCAACCGCAAGACACCUCAAAGAGUCUCAAAGAGUUUGCUUUGAUAGCGUCUUGCCGUUGAGCUUCCUUCAUACCUCUAUACAGUUAGCAACUGGCUUUAUACCUGCCGUCGCCUCCCCUUACCUACCACCAUCAACCUAUGCAACCAAGGAUAGGUUCCAAGCGUUCCAACUUCAACAUACCAUCUUAUUCUGUUGAUUGAACAAUGAAUUCCAUCAACAUGGAGAGGAUGUCGCCUCGCUCGCCUGAAUUUCUCACAACCUUUGUCACUGACAAGGGUAGUGGCAGAAGAGUCGUCCUUGAGAGCCAGUCGAGGUAUCGAGUCCAAAGUGCAGCCAUUGAUGAUACAAGAUCAUAUAGGCACCACCGAGACUCUUACUCGGGCUCAUCGGCGAAACGCCUUCGCUAUUCUGGAGCGGAUGAAGCUGUUGAUCAGCCUUCGUCGCAUCGCUCGUCACGUGAGCUCGACUCCCUUUUCAUUGAAGCAUCAGUAUCAUCAAGAGGAGCACGAAGUCAUGGUUCCACUAUAGAACCAAGAAGGAAUCAUCUCCCAUCCCCUCCCCCAGAUGAAUCUCGACGUUACCGUCGUGGUCAAGUUGAGGUCUUCCCAGGUGCUGCCAGAGCACGAAGAAGUCGUGACCUCCAAGGCUUUGGCGCCUGGAGUGAUCACGUCGCAUUACCUCAUCAGCAGCAACUCCUCACUGAGAGUGCUUACAACGACGAAGAAAUCUUCCAGAGCAGGAGAGUCAGCAGAUCCAGUAUACCCGACACACCACGGGACUGGCUGCUGCCGACUCCUGAACUCUCUCCCAUGCCCACGCACUACACGUUUUGCCCGUGCUGCGUGGACGAGGACAGCCGUAUAAACGACACAUGGCAUAUGGCCGGCAAAGAGAAGAUGCAUACUCAAAUGGAAAAUGCAAUGGCAUACAUUGAGCAGAUGAAAUUUCACAAGUAAACAUGUUAGCAAUAGAGCGGAAAAUUGUGGGCAAAGGGCCAUCUGUGACAAUAAGGGCAACGGCGCAUGGCGUUUUCCGUUGAAUGAAGUGAUUGGAUUGGGAUCAUUGGCAAGGGUUUUUGCAUUUCGCAAUCAGCGCGCUGUAACCACUUUCAGUGAUAGUAAUGAACAAACGCAGCUC